AACAAUGAUUCCCGGAAACAUCGGCAAGGGGUUCUCACCUGGGUUGCCAGUGUCGCGAUAAACUCCCCUAAAGCAAAGGGCUUUAGUCCCUUUCUCAUCACAUCCCUGAUCAGCUGACCUGUCAAAACAUCCAACACGCAGUGCUAGUGAACACCUAGCAAUGGCGAGUAUGGAGCUAGCCCCCCUCAGACCGUGGGAUGAUUUCUUCCCUGGAACUGACCGUUUCGCUAAACCUGACUUCAGAGAUCUGACCAAAUGGAACAACAGAAUGAUCAGCAACUUGCUGUACUACCAGACCAACUAUUUCGCUGUGGCCAUCGUCGUUUUCAUAAUUGUGGGGUUUCUUAAUCCCUUCGGCAUGUUUCUGGGCGGAGCUGUGGUGUCCCUGGUCUUCAUGGGAUCGGUCUGGGCCGGAGAGAACAAGACCAUCAUCAAGAACUUCAAGAAGAAGAACCCAACUCUGUUUAUGGCUGCUGUGUUGGGCACCAGCUAUUUCCUGUUGUCUCUGUGUGGCGGUGUCAUGGUCUUCAUCUUCGGAAUCACCUUCCCCUUGUUGUUGAUCCUGAUCCAUGGCUCGCUGAGACUUCGCAACAUGAAGAACCGGAUGGAGAACAAGAUUGAGGGUGUAGGCCUGAAGAAGUCCCCCAUGGGUGUCAUCCUGGACCUUUUGGACCAGCAGGAAGAGAAGAUGAACAAAAUCCAGGAUUUCAUCGAGGGAAAGCUGAAGGAUUAACGGAAGACGACUGGAGCUCAGGAUGGAUUGUUGAUUGAGUGAGAUGCCAAGUGCUGAUUGGUUUAAAAAAGAGUCCUCUAGAAUUGUAUUCCAUUAGCUUUUUGCUUCCUGCUUUCAUUGAGUUAGUCAUUUUGUGUAAGUUCCUAUGUAUAUGCAAAUACACAGGUGUGGUGUACAAAUAUUUGAGCACUGCAUGCCAUUUGGACGUUCAGAGACCAUAUGAAGGGUCGUUAGAGAAAGGGAGGAUCCCUGUGUUACUUGUGUGACCAAAAAGAUUUUCAUAACCAAAUUUUGUUGAACAUAUUUGCUCUUAUUUGCGGCGAUUGUGCAAUAUUCCACAGGCUAUUUAAACAUUAUUUAUUUGAGUAAUGUAAACCUGCAGGCUGAUGCUAUAUAUUUUGCAUGUUGAGGGUAAUGGAUAUAUGUAAACUGUGCAAAGGAGCAUAAAAAUGUGCUUGACACUUUUCCCUUUCAUGCAGUAAAACCAUAUUUGACUGAAUGAUUGGUGGCCCGAUCCAAAGGAUUUAUCAAAUACUACAAAACGAUAAUAAUAAGCAAUAAUUCCUUUCCUGGCAGUUCAGGAUCCAUAUCAGUUGUGGCCCUGCCUAUUCUGCUACUUGGUUAAGUUUUGUUGUAUGGAACAUGACACAUUUUCUUGAUACAAAGCACUCCUUAGCACAUAAUAUUUAGUGCUGACGAUGCAGAUUGGUCUAAGUCAAAGCCCUCUAAUCAAAGCUAUGCAAAACAGAAGUGAAUGGCCCCAGCAGCUGGCUAUAUGGUCAUUAAGCCAUUGUGUGUAGUGUCUGUUUAUCCCCUUCUAUUAUUGAUGCAUUAUUUUCGCAUAGAAUAGAAUAGAAAUGCCAAUUUUUAUUGCUACUGCUUAAUACCAGGCCUUUUUCUAUUGCUUCUAACAUAUAUUCAUCCGUUACAAAGUGUGCAUGCUUACUUCAUGACCAAGUGUUAAAGGUGUAAACAUGAUGUAUAUGGAAGCCAAACAUUUAUUUUUCUUUCUUGUCUGUGUUUCAUUUUUUAACAAUGCUAGUCUAGUGACAAAGCUGGACACAAUGCUGUCCUCUAUUGGUAAUAAAUUGACGUGAAAAUAAAGA